CGAAGCAAUAAUAUUCUUCUUUAUAACUACCGGGAUAAUAUUCGGUGUUUACCUUUCAGGUCUGCAAGUAAUGAACUGUAAUUUUUGUGACUUAAAGUUUGUGCUUAACCUCGUCUGGGAAGGGUAACGUGGGGCACUGUCCCUAGCCAUGUUUCCCCAUCCGUUUACUUCAGUUUCAGUAUGUUGGAUAUGCGAUCAUAUGUACCCGGUUUGCUCCAGAAUAUGUUGUCUGUAUAGUUACGUUAUUAGUUGCAGUUGAGAGAGCCAGUUUACUAUGGCUGGUAUUACUGCUCGUAGCGUAACCGGAUAACGAGACGGAACGUUUUAUAAAAACAGCUGCACGUUGGGACGCGCGCAGACCCCAGCGUUUUGAUUUGGUUUUACGUGUUGGGAUUCCAUAACACGCGUGCAAAUAAUUACUUGAAUAUAUACAUAAUGUAUUAAUAUAUAGAAAACCAUAGUUCGUCUACAAAAACCUUGGAAUUUAUGGUCUUCGUAGGGUGUUUUUUUAAUGAAAUGGCGCCACCUGGUAUCGAUAUGGAGAACUACCGGUGUUUAAAUAAAGACACGCCCUUAAUAUAACGGGAGUGAUUGGUUCGCUGACUCUUCUUUCGCUUUCGAACUUUUUGUAACUGCUUGAAAAUGCUACUCCGAAUAUUAAUAAUACUUACUCUUCACGUUACUGUCCUGGUUCUCCUCUUUGUUUCAGCUAUUGUUAAUGCUUGGACUGUGGGAGAGACCAGCGGUUCUGAUCUGUGGUUGAAAUGCUCUACGUCCAAUGGAGGGUAUCACUGUAAACCUACGCCUACAGGAGUGUGGAUCCAGUUGGUCCAGGGCCUGAUGGUCCUGUCUGUGCUGUACAGUGCCCUGGCUCUCCUGUUCUUCCUCUGCCAGCUCUUCACCCUGCGGAAGGGGGGCCGUUUCUUCCUCGCCGCAGUCUUCCAGAUACUUGCCAGUGUGUUGGUCAUGAGUGCAGCUGCCGUGUACACAGUGCAGAGUCCAGGCUGGGCCCAGGAGAGGGAGGUGUUUGGUUUCUCCUACAUGCUGGCCUGGGUGGCAUUCCCCCUGGCCCUGCUCAGCGGAUUGGUCUACAUCAUCCUGAGAAAGAUCGAAUGAGACCUGCACACUGCGUACUGCCAGCACAAUCCCACUGCCUUUCAUGUGGAGGCGUAUAUAGGGCUCUCCAUACGGUAAAAGGGACUCAUAAUAGCACUUUUCACACACUUUCACACCUUAUAUAUUGCUCAUGUAUUUUUUAUUACUUUAUUUGUAGGAACCAUUUAAUAUUUUUUGUUUUGUUUUAAGCAAAUACCUGAAGUACCUUUAAAAACCUGCAGUUGCAGUGAAAUAACUGCAAAAUGCAAUUUGCUUUAUCUGUGCUUCUCAUACUAGAACAAAGGUUCACAGUGUUGGCCAGUAUAGGCCUAUAGAGUAAGCACAGAGUCAGGGCUGUUUUCCUGAAGUGAAAAAGAGCCUAAGCUUAUGUUUGGUUGUAUGGGAGCUAGCAUCAUGUUUGAAAAUAUUGAUAAAGAUAUUCUAAUAAUAUUUUUGGCCCUGAAUUGAAACUUUCAUUUAGCCUCAUCAUCAACAUUAUGCCAGAAUGUCAGAGCACUUGGGUGUGAUACACUUAUACCAUGCUGUCCUUUAAGCAGGUUUGUCAGGUUUUUUUAAUGAAACUUUGGCUAAAUGAGGUUUGUAUUCAAGCUUCAAUACCAGCACUGAGCACAAGUUUGGGGGAGAGGGUGAAACUCAAAAACAGUGUAAAUUGGUGCAGAAAGAUUUUUGAAAAUAAAUUGUUUCUAAUUAAAGGUAUAGUUAACUCUUUAUUCCAGCAUGGCUGCUGUACACUAACUUCCACAGGGUUAUUCGAUUUGAUUUGUGAUUUAGUCAAGGACUUGA